AUUAUCAUUAUCAUCAUACAACCAAGUCUAAAUUAAUUAAUUAAUAAUAUGUCGUCUUCUUCUUCUUCUCUUCCGUUUUGUAUGGGAUAUUUGAUUAUCAUGAUACUAUUGAUGGGUCAGGUUACAAGAUCAGAUAUAACGCAGGACAGGAACGAGUGUGCGGAUCAGCUAUUGGGAUUGGCCACGUGUAUCGAGUAUGUAGGUGGAAAGGCUAAGGCACCCACACCGGAUUGCUGCACCGGAAUGAAACAAGUGGUGGAAAAGAGCAAGAAGUGUCUUUGUAUAUUGGUAAAAGACAAAGAUGACCCUAGUCUUGGCCUUCAUAUCAAUGCUACUCUUGCUUUAGGUCUACCCUCCGUUUGCCAUGCUCCUACAGAUAUCUAUCAGUGCAUUGCUCUUCUAAACUUGGCACCUGGUUCACCUGAAGCAAAGGUUUUUGAAGAUUUUGUACACAGUUCUAAUGGAACUGCCUCAGCUAGCCCUAUUGGUGGCAAGGUGAAUACCACGAGCAGUAGUAAUACCACUUCUACGCCAUCAACCAAAAGCCCCAACUCUGGUGGUGAGAGAAGGAAGAGAUGGCUGGCAGCUGACGUGGCCAUCAUAACUAUUAUUUGUAUCCUCCCUAUUUCACUUUAAUUACUCUUAAUAAUAUUAAUUAAUUUUAAUAUCUAUUGAAUAAUUAUUUGUUUAAGUAAUGUAUUUCUUUUCCAUUGUUAAGAGAUUCCCAAAAUCUUUUAAUGAAAAUAAAAAAAUUGUUUAUUUA